AGUCAACACCAGGGAAGGGAUCCUUUCUUUCGACUAGAAAAUCACACAGCCAUAGAUGCAAAUGCCACCCCAAAUGAUGCAUCUGAACCCUAAAUCGAUUUCUCUACCCAAAAGGUCAACGCCUGAGUCGGGUCUAUUUGUUUGAUUUGGCCUCUGGCUAUGAAUUUUCGGCAAUUCUGAAUGGAAACCCUAACCCUACCCCCAAUUUGUACAUUCCGAUAUUCCAAACCUGCCUUUCUACACUUCACUGUCUUCUUUUCUGGAGGAUGAUUAAUCAAUACCCUAAAUCGUCUCUCCCCGAUUAUCUACAGUGUUUGUAUGUGUAUGCUCUCUUUUUCUUCCCGCUUUAAGUGUAAUUGAGUUCUCAUUUGCGUUAAAUAAAAUUUAUUGGAAAAAACAUUCAUUGAAGUAUAGUGAAAUGAUUGUUGUACUUUAUCAAUAUAUACGUGUGUAGAUGUGCAGACAUAUACAUCUGUAUCGUAAUUGUUUGUAGUGUGUGUGUGUGUGUGUGGGAAGAGAUGGGGAGCUCAAAAAUGGAACAAGGAAUGGUUGGUUGUGGUGUUGGGAGUAUUGUUUGGGUCCGGAGGAGGAAUGGGUCAUGGUGGCCAGGUAAAAUUCUGGGGGUUGAUCAGCUCUCUGCUUCUCAUGUGAUGUCUCCGCGAUCAGGAACUCCCGUAAAGCUUCUUGGGAGGGAGGAUGCCAGUGUGGAUUGGUAUAAUUUGGAGAAGUCAAAACGUGUGAAGGCGUUUAGAUGUGGCGAGUUCAAUGACUGUAUUGAACGAGCUGAAGCUUCUUUGGGUGUGCCUCUUAAGAAAAGGGAGAAAUAUGCACGUCGUGAAGAUGCAAUACUUCAUGCGCUUGAACUUGAGAAGGAACUAGUUGGCAAAAAAUACGGGGACAUAAACAAUAAGAUUGACAAAUCAUCCGAUGACAUUUUAACAAGAGAGGCAGUGACACCAUUCCUACAAUCGGAAAAUCAUAAAGGAGAACAUUUCCACCUAACUUCUGACGCAGAUGGGCUAUCUCUUAUGGGUAAGAACAUCGUUGAUAUUUUGAGCAUAGCUCAAAAGGAAAACCCACUUAGCAUGGAUGAUCAUUCCAGAGUACUUCUCAAUAUGAGAGCUUUGCAGGAUGUUGGUCUGUGCUCAGUCCCUUGUGAGGAUAAAUUUCCUGUUUCUUCAAUUGGUGCCUUCUUGGAUGUCCCCCGCAGCAACUUUCUUAUUGACGGGAGUCCUAGAGAUGAAGUCAUAGUUAAUGGAGGUAAAGUGAAUCUGUUUGCCGAAGACAGACUGGUUAUUAAGAGGCAUGAUGAGCACAAACAACUUGUUCAAGUAUUGCAGAAUAGUGAAAAGUUUCCAGUGUCUUCUUAUCUUCAGCCUGAUUCGAGUUCUCAUUUCACGUCUGUUUUAGGGGAUGAGCAAUCUGGAAUAGUCCGUAUGAAAAAGGCAAGGUAUACUAACCUAGUAGCAUCUGAAUCUAGAGAUGUUUCCAGUAGCAAGAGGAUUGUUGAUCUCCCCCCUCAGAUUGAGAUAUUAGCUCCAAAUUUUGAAAGGAAUAUGGCUCUUCAACAUGGUGUUUUAUGUGAAGAGAAUACUUCCAUAUCUACAGAAUGUACUGAAACGGAUUCCCCUGAGAGCGAUUCACAAGUUUCAGAUAGAGACGUUGAUAUGACUAUAUUCUCAGGUAUAGUAUCACUUUUUUUUUGUUGUUAAUAAUAAUAAUAAUAAUAAUAA